ACACACAGCUGGCAUCUGACAGAGCAUAGAGAUAAAGACUCAAAACAAGAACCAUGAAGGUGUUUGCGGUACUGUUUCUGGCUGUGUUCACAGGUUGCCAGGCCAACUUGUUCUCUUCUGAUGAGCCCAAACCACAGCUGGAGCAGCUGACUGAUGCUUUCUGGGAAUAUGUUGCCAAGGCAACACACACCGCUGAGGACACACUGAAAACAAUUAGAGAGUCUCAACUGGGCCAGGAAGUCAACACUAGACUUACAGAAGGUGCUAAUGUGGCCAGUGAGUAUGCUGUCACUCUCCAGAAACAAGUGAGCCCUCUAGCCCAGGACAUCAUAACCAAAAUCACCAAGGAAGCUGAAGUUCUGAAGGAGCGCCUUGAGCAGGACCUGACCACUGUGAAGGACAAACUGGAGCCCUAUGCUGAUGAUCUGAAGACCCAAAUUCAGCAGAGAGUGGAGGAACUGAGAGUAGCUGUGGCUCCUUAUGCCGAGUCCUUUGACUCUGAAGCUCUGAAAACCACCGUGCUGCAGAAGACCGAGGAGCUCAGGGGGAGUCUGGAGGAGAAAGUGAAGGAGCUGCAGUCCCAGCUGGAGCCCUACACUGAUGAACUCAGACAGAAAGUAGAUCAGCACCUGCAGGAAUUCCAGAAGACCGUGGCCCCUCUGACUGAAGAUCUUCAGGCCAAGGUUGCUGAGAGAGCCACUUUGGUUCAGCAGGGUCUGGCUCCCUAUGCUGAGGACCUGAGGGAGAAACUGGACCCCUAUGCCCAGAACCUGAAGGACCAGCUCACCUCUCUUUAUGAGUCCUUCACCAAGACCAACUAAAUAC